GUCCUCAGGACCUGGGCCACUUUGGUCUGCCAUGGUUGUUUUCAAUAUGAGCAGUUACAGCCCAGGACCCUUCAUCCUGGUGGGGAUUCCAGGCCUGGAGCAAUUCCAUGUGUGGAUUGGGAUUCCCUUCUGUAUCAUCUAUAUUGUGGCUGUGGUGGGAAACUGCAUUCUUCUCUACCUCAUCGUGGUGGAGCGCAACCUUCACGAGCCCAUGUUCUUCUUUCUCUCCAUGCUGGCGACGACUGACUUCAUCUUGUCCACAGCCGGUGUUCCUAAAACACUCAGUAUCUUUUGGCUUGGGGCUCGAGAAAUCACAUUCCCAGGGUGCCUUACACAAAUGUUCUUCCUCCACUAUAGCUUUGUCCUGGAUUCAGCCAUCCUGAUGGCCAUGGCAUUUGAUCGCUAUGUGGCCAUCUGUUCUCCCCUGAGAUACACCACUAUCUUGACUCCAAAGACCAUCAUCAAGAUUGCUGUGGGCAUCUCUUUUCGAAGCUUUUGCAUCAUCUUGCCGGAUGUAUUCUUGCUCACACGCCUGCCAUUCUGUCGGACACGCAUCAUACCCCACACAUACUGUGAACAUAUAGGUGUUGCCCGGCUGGCCUGUGCUGAUAUCUCCAUCAACAUCUGGUAUGGCUUUUGUGUCCCCAUCAUGACCGUCAUCUCAGAUGUGAUUCUCAUUGCAAUUUCUUACACUCUCAUUCUCUGUGCUGUUUUUCACCUCCCUUCCAGAGAUGCCCGCCAGAAGGCUCUUGGCACUUGUGGUUCUCAUGUCUGUGUCAUUCUCAUGUUUUAUACACCUGCCUUUUUCUCCAUCCUUGCCCAUCGCUUUGGACAUAAUGUUUCCCGCACUUUCCACAUCAUGUUUGCCAACCUCUACAUAGUUAUUCCACCUGCACUCAACCCCAUUGUCUAUGGAGUAAAGACCAAGCAGAUCAGAGAUAAGGUCAUACUUUUGUUUUCUACCAAAGGUUCAGAAUAAUGCACAAUGGAAAAGCUAGGAUAAGUUUAUAGUGUAUAUUAAUGUAGCAAGAAUAAAAAAAGCAAAUGCUAUUGA